AUGCCAUCCACGGCGGCGCAGCUAGCCGUCGGCGAGCAGUGUGCCGACCUGGUAGAGGAUCUACAUCAACGGCUCCGACGCCUACUCCACCAACUCGACCCCGCCGCCAUCCCCAACUAUGUCCACACAGAGAGCUUGGACCCCGUGUCGACUAUCGAGGUGUUGCUGGAUGCAAUCUCCAAAUUCCGCGGAUGGGCAGAAAAUGGUGAGGUGAUUGUUCAAAAAUGCUUUGAUCAAAAGCUAAAUGCCUUCGAAGAGGUGGCGUGGGAGAUGCUACACAUCUUCUACAGCGAAACACUGACUCCAGUGAAUCUUACUACGGUGCGGAUGCUGGCCAUGGAAGUUGGCCGAUUGCGGGCGAGGCCAAAUGGUGAGAAAUACAUAACCACGUUAAACAAUAUUAACCGCGAGGCCAGAGGUUUCGAGCGUUCUCUGCAGAGAGACGCCACAAGGAGCCCGAAUCCCAACUCGGAGGCCUGGCAACGUCUUGAAAUGUGGCGCCGGGUACGUGUCGCAGUGCCGGACUGCAACUGCCGCCAAUGCGGCUGGCGCGAGGACAAUGGCUGA